UUUAUACUAAAAAUAUAUUUAUAAAGACAUAGUUUGAUGAUAAUCGUCUUCUUAGAAUAAAGACGCUGGUGACUCAGACAGCGAGAAAGAGCAAGAAGAGUUAACAGAGUUGGAAAAUUUGCUCAAAAAACACGACAAAGAGUUUGCAAGGUAAUGUAUUUUGGUCUUGUUCGAUGUCACCUACUAUUUUAUCACAUGUAGUAAUGUGAGAAUGUACUUUCUCAGGAACGAAGAGUCAAAAGGAGGACCGGUUGACUUGGCUGAAUAUCAUCAACUUCAUCUUGGAGUGGAAAGAAUACGAGUCCCCGAGAUACUGUUCGAACCAGCUAUGGUAGGACUGGAGCAAGCUGGUAUCACUGACACUAUAGACUUUGUAUUGGGACACUAUUCCCCUGAGAGACAGAACUCGCUAGUACAGAAUAUCUUUUUAACUGGCGGAAACACUAUAUUCCCAAACUUUACUCAGCGCUUAGAGAAAGAGCUCCGGGCGAUUCGACCUUUCAAAUCAACAUUCAAAAUCUACGAAGCCAGGAAUCCYAGUCUUGACUCGUGGYUUGGUGCGCRUAAGUGGGCGAGUAAAGCGUCCAACCUGACUCUAGGGAGCAUAACUAAACACAAUUAUGAAGAAAUGGGAGCAGAUUAUUUAAAAGAACAUUUAUUAUCUAAUUUAUUCGUUUCUUCUCCGCUAAACAAUCAGUAAUGAGAAAAGAGGCAUUUGAAUGUUCAUCACAACAGUUAAGCCAUCGAAAUUCCAGAAAAUCUAUCUUCAGUAGUAUAGCCUAUUAAAGGUCACCCCGUGGAAU